GAAUGUUGUGUCGUUCAGUCCGGUAGAGGGCAGUACGUGUCUCCAGUAGAAUAAAAUCCCCGGAAAUUCUAUUGAACGAACGCCGAAGACGAGACUGUCUGUGGACGUUUUUUGCACGUUUGGUUGACAGAUAGCUUGUUAAGAUGUCCAUUGGAGUGCCCAUCAAAGUUCUUCAUGAAGCAGAAGGACACAUAGUCACCUGUGAGACCAACACUGGGGAGGUCUACAGGGGCAAACUGAUCGAGGCUGAGGACAACAUGAAUUGUCAGAUGGCAAACAUCACAGUCACAUACAGGGACGGCCGUGUAUCUCAGCUGGAGCAGGUGUAUAUUCGUGGCAGUAAGAUCAGGUUCCUCAUCCUUCCCGACAUGCUGAAAAAUGCUCCUAUGUUAAAGAGUAUGAAGAACAAAAAUCAGUCGGCUGGUGCAGGUCGAGGAAAAGCAGCUAUUCUUAAAGCCCAAGUGGCAGCCAGAGGCCGUGGCCGGGGUGGACCGGGACGAGGAGGGAACGUGUUCCAGAAGAGGCGCUAGUUUUUUUUUUUUUUUUUUUUUACAUUUUGGUCUGAUGUAUUUUAGAAGUUCAUUUUAUGCUUUGAGAAAUAAAUGGGUGAUUUUGUAUUU